CCCAAGUUCGUUCUCCAGAGCAUCAGCUCCCACCCCCACCUUUCCCUCUUUCGGCUGAUUGACAGAAAGUCUGGCCACUUCGGACAGCUCCUUUCUUUAAGCCUUCGGGGAAGGUGGGUUGGGACGCGUCAGGUGCAGUGCCGAGCGUCCGGAAACUAGCAGAUUGUUUUUUGAAAAUGGAUUCAAAAUUCUGCUGUGUGUUUUUCACACUGUCUGCAUUAAUGUUUUCGAUCACAUUUUCUCACCAACAAGAUGAGCAGAAAGUUCUUCUUGUUUCUUUUGAUGGAUUCCGUUGGGAUUACAUCUACAGAGUCCCCACACCCCAUUUCGAUUAUAUCAUGGAGUAUGGUGUACAUGUCAAGAAAGUUACUAAUGUUUUUGUUACAACGACUUAUCCUAAUCACUAUACUUUGGUGACUGGUCUCUACCCAGAGAGUCAUGGCAUAAUUGCCAAUGACAUGUAUGAUUCUACCUUGAAUGAAACCUUCUCCUUGGAGGACAUGACGAUCUAUGAUUCAGAAUUUUGGGAAGAUGCAAUUCCGAUAUGGAUCACAAAUCAAAUAGCAGGCCAUGACACUGGUGCUGCAAUGUGGCCUGGGACAGACGUGAAAAUACAUGAAAAAUUUCCUACUUAUUAUAUGCCUUACAAUGAGUCUGUUUCAUUUGAAGACAGAGUCGCAAGAGUUAUUGAGUGGUUUAAGUUAAAGAAACCCAUAAAUCUUGCUCUUCUCUACUGGGAGGAUCCUGAUGAGAUGGGCCAUAAUUUGGGGCCUGACAAUCCACUCAUGGACCCUGUCAUUUCUGAUAUUGACAGUAAGUUAGGGUACCUCAUCAAAGAGCUGAUGAAAGAAAAGUUGUGGAAUACCGUGAACCUAAUUAUCACAAGUGAUCAUGGGAUGACACAGUGUUCUGGGGAAAAAAUCAUAGAACUUGACCAAUAUGUCGAUCCAAAUGACUAUUUCCUGAUAGACCAUUCACCAGUAAGAGCCAUUUUGCCAAAAAAAGGUAAAUUUGAUAAGAUUUAUGCAGCAUUGAAUAAUGCUCAUCCUAACCUGACUGUUUACAAAAAGGAAGACAUUCCAGAAAGAUUUCAUUACAAGCACCAUCACCGAAUUCAACCCAUCUUAAUAAUGGCUGACAAAGGAUGGACCAUUAUACAGAAUAGAUCCAAUACAUUCAUGUUAGGGAAUCAUGGUUAUGAUAAUGAAUUUUCUGAUAUGCAUCCAUUGUUCUUGGCCCAUGGUCCUGCUUUCAAGAAGAAUGUUUCGAAGGACUCCAUGAACUUGACAGACUUGUACCCGCUGCUGUGCCAUGUUCUUGACAUUCCUUCAAUGCCACACAAUGGAUCACUGGCAAAUGUAGAGGAGCUGCUUUCAGAAAUAGUCCCCAUAGUGAUUCCACAUAGUAGGACAACUCCACAGAGCCACGUGAACCUAAGGAUUUAUAAGAUGCAGUCGUAUGCAUACUUUGUGGGAGUCUUCCUUGGUAGCAUGAUAGUGAUUGUGUUUCUCCUAGUAUUCCUUAAACAUUUAACUCGUAGCCAAAUGCCCACCAUACAAGAGCGGAAUGCUGAAAUAGCUCAGCCAUUGCUAUGGUCCUAAGAUUGCUUAAGAAUGGAGAUUUUUGUAGUUAAUUGUUUGUUGUUAAAAAGAAAAAAGUCUGAUUCCAGGAAACCAACUUCAAGGUUUGCAUAGAAAGAACAUACAGUGCGUUUACACACACACACACACACACACACACACACACACACACACACACGUACUACAUAAAUAUAUACAUGCAUACACAUACAUGUACCAAUACAUAAAUACAUGCACACACACACAAACUUGGACAACAGUUCACAGUGCCGUUUACCUGCAUGAGAUUAAAAAUAUAACUAAGAGCACGUCUUAACUUUACUUUUUAGCCUUGGAGGAGAUUAAUAUCCAAUGUUAGAUGAACUGGAGACACAUUAGACAUGUGGUGACUUUUAAUCCUUAUAGAUACCUCACUUUUGACUAUUCUUAAAAGAAAAUGAGUUUUAUUUUUAAAAAUGUAAAUUUUAAAAAUUUCAAUGCACUUUAUAGACUAUUGAGUCCUAACAUUUAGUCAACUGAUGAAAAAGAGAACUCUUCAUGCCCAUCACUAGCAGACACUGCAUUUUCCCUGUUAUAAGAAGGGGGUGUGAUUCUUUGCCUAUAAGAGAGAUGCAAAGGUUGCUUCAUAAUUACCUAAUACAUCUCCUUAAAAGUUAGGAGACCUAGAUUAAGUGGAAACUUUCCUUGGCUAACUAGGCCUACUUUUAUACCAAAAAACAGCCAGAAGCAAUUGCCUUUAUGGAUGUACCUCAUCACAGGCUUCCUAAACAACAUGAUUCUCAUUGCACUUUUAGAGAAUGCUCCAUAUGAAAGGGUAGCCAGCAGUUACUUUAGAAGCAUCUCUUUCCUUACUAGCUGUGUGACCCUGGGCAAGUCACUUAACCCCAUUUCCUAGCCAAAAAAAAAAACCCUCUCUUUCCAUUAUAAACUACUUUUCAUCAUUUCCCACUUAAUAGUCUCACUCUGAUUACCUUCACAAUUGCAACACCAACUUCAUCGUAGUCUCUUUUACUUACUGAAAUAUGUAGAUAAGCUAAGGGGAGUCAUGUAUUCUGGAGUUCCAGCUUUUUGACACUCUUCUUGGAGUAUUUGAUUGUUUUAAAAAAUGUUACUAUUAACUAUAUUAAAACCUAAUAGGGCAAAAGUAGGACCUUCUCCUUCUUAAAAUAGGAUACAGCCUAUACAAGCACCUUUCAUUUAGGCAUCUACACAACCAGUACACAAGGAAUAUAAUAAAAUUAGUAAAGGUAUGCUGUGCUACUGCUAUGCUUAGAGGUAGGGUGGUGUAGUGGAUAGGGAGCUGGCCUUAGAGCCCAAAAGACCUGGAUUCAAGAUCUGCUCCUGAUGUUUAUGGCUAGGUGACCCAGGGCAACUCACUAAACCUCUCAGACACCUUUUUUUUGUCAACUUAAAUAAUAACUUUUAAAAACUUAGGUAAAAAUAAUACAAUGACCUCAUCUGAAAAUGCAUGCAACAUUUUACACCUACCUGUACUACCCUUCCUCUAUUAAAAAAGAGAAACCUAUUUUUUUCUCACUCCCAUCUCUCACCCAUUUUUUUUAAAAUAAAGCAAUUUUCUUAUAACGAAAAUGCAUAGUCAAGCAAAACAAAUCCUUUCAAUACUAUAUUACAAAAACAUAUGGCUUAUUGUGCACCCCCACAAACUGUCAGCUCUCUUUAAUGGAUGGCAUAUUUCAUUAUUGGUCCUCUGGAAUCAUGAAUGGUCACUGUAUGGAUCAUAGUUCUCACAGCUUGCAAAGUUGCCUGUUUUUAGAGUGUUAUGGUAGAAAAGUGAUUCUUUUGGUUUUGCUUAUUUCAUUCUUCAGUAGCUUAGAAAAGUUCCCAAAACUGUUCACUCUCCAAGAUCUAAAGUUGUGGAGAAGUUGCCUACCUGCAAUGCUUGAGGGAGGUCCUUUAUUAGAUAGUUCCUUUUAUCAGGGAAACCACAGGGCUGGUUCCUAUCCCCUAACAUUGCAAUCAGUAUUGAUCAAAUACUUUUCUUUACAAGACCCUAAAAACAAAACAAAUAAAGCAACCUUAUAAAGCGGAGAGGAUUGUCUUAAAGACCACCUCAGAAUACAUGUUAAAGUGCUAGGCACACGUGAGUCAGUAAUUGGUAAGAAUUAAGUUUGGGCUUAGGGUUAUUUGCUCAGUAAGUACUUACCAAGAUAAAUGGACCGGCAAUUUAAAGUUUUUAAAGAACAUUGCAACUUUUAAGGGUCUUUGAGACAUGGAGAGGCUGGGAUCAUGUAUUUCAUUUAAUCAAGACAGCAAAUUUCUGCAGGAUGUGUAAGGUGCUUUGCUAGGUGCUGGGGAGGGAGAGGGUCUUGGGUGAAUUAGUCUAAGGAAUAAGUUUCUUUUCAUCCCCAUUGAGGACUAGUUGUGUGCCGAAUGUCAUCCUGCCCCUUUCAUUCCCAACUGUAUCUUAGCACAAAAAUAUACUUUAAGGCAUUUCUUUAAGUGCUCAAAAGUCUUCUCAGAGGGAAGAGUGAAUAUUGAGAAAGAAAGAUUUUGUUUUUUGUUUUGUUUUUUUCUCUCUUAAAGGGAAAUUAUGUCAUUUCUCUUAGUAGAUAAAUUCUCUAAAGUAGGUCAGAAAUAUAGCCCAUAGAAAAUCUUUACAUAUAACGAUACAUAUUUGUACUAAUGACUAACAAAAACAUGUUGUGAUUAAGUAUUCAAGAAUUAUAAGAAAUGACAUUUUUUAAAAGUUACAUAGUGUACGACUAUAGCUGUACUUUAAUGCUUUCUAAAAUAAUGUGAACAGAUCAUUUGUUAGAUAAUAGUUAUUACCAAUGCUUAUUAACACCUGACUUGUUUUACAUAAUAAAUGAAUGACAGUACCUAGACUAACUACAUAUUUAUAAGCCGCUUUAAGCUGUGAAACAUGAUACUGAUAUUUAACCUCAAGAAAUUUAGAAUCUGGGUCUGCCAUCUCAGAAAAUGUAUGUGUCAAUGUUGACUUUUCAUAUUUUAACUUACCUGUGAUGUUGGGAUGUGGCUAUGUGGAUGAUACAAUUGGAAUGCAAUGGCUUUGAGGGUAAAAUGCCCGUUUCUUUUUUUUUUUUCCUGUAAAUUCAAUUAUCACGAAACCAGUUUUUUCCCCCAUUCUAGAAGUUGCUAAUACUGUAAACAGUAAGGUAUAGCAAAAAUUAUUUAAUAAUGAAAAUCAACCUUGUAAUAAUUCCAUUAAAAUUAAGAUUCUAAUAUA